AAAAAUAUGCACGUUUAAGCAAAAAUGUACAUAUUUUUGGCCGAAAUUAAGCAUUUUCAAGCAUAAAAAUGACUAAAGUGUUCAUGUAAGACAUUCAGAAAAUUCAUUGAAAGACACAUUUUGGUAUGUAAUAUUCAUCACUGGCCACUAGGUGUCAGUAAGGUUACAUUGUGUUACAUGAGAUGUUCAGACAGUAGCCGUCCCCGAAAAAAUACUGGAAGAAGAAGAAAGAAUGAAUGCUCCCAAGGCUCACAUGUGAGUCGAUAUUAUCUCUUCUAUUCUCUACUGUAAUGUCAACUAUAUUGGGUUAUCCGAGUGUAAAGGUGACUACGGUGUUAUUUAAUGUCUAGAGGGCUCAGAUAGUGUUCAAACUUGUAAAUAGGUUUUCUCUGCUAAGUACGAAAAUAUUCCGUUUAUGAAUAAGAAAUCCUACUUUAUGGAAAUUCACAUAUCACGGUUGGGUUUAGAACCAAUAAACCACGAUAAAGGAGGGAUGACUUGUCCCCCGCGACCAUAAGCGGCAUAGAAAAUGGAUGGACUUGUCGUCCCUUAGGAAGAACAAUAAAACUGCAAGCGGUGUUGAACGGGCCCGCGCACAAGUCCAGUAUGAGUUUCCACCAGUAUGACGCAGCUUAAGGCCUCCAAAAAAUGCGAAUAAGCAUGGACAAUAUUACACAUUUGGAGACGAUCAGACAAUGUAGGAAGUAGUUAAAAACAGUAGGGAGCAACUCAGAAGUCAAUGCGUACACGGCCACGUGCCGGGUGGUGACCUAAAACAUCACAUUUGGAGAGGAUCUGGAGGGUACUUAUGGCAAAUAUAAUAUUCCAUCAGUCGGGGCGACACUGCAGUCAAAUUGGUUUUGAGGUCAAAUGUUGCCAUAAGCCACAACACAAUACAACAUUUGGAGACAUGGGAGUGGCAGUUAAAGGGGCCAGCCACACUCAAACGUUUUCAGGUCAAAAUGCCAAAAUAUUUUAACGUUUCAGCAUCUCAUCCACACGGGAAUGGCAUCUGGGUGACCUGAAACGGUAUUUUUUGAAAACUGCUUCCAGGGUGGAAAAAUCUGAAAACGCCAGCUGUUGUUGCCGCUCUAAACGCAAGCGAUGACGUCACCGACUCGCUGCCACCUCGUCGCUGUCACGUGACCAGAAGGGAGCUGAGUGAACAAGCCAAUGUGAAUAUUUCCACAAUGACUCACCACAGUCGACAUUCUCCUAAUACUUUUUUGUAGUCCUACACAGUGUUCCCUCGCUACAUCGUGGUUCACCUUUCGCUGAUUUCUUUUUUUAAGUACGAUUAAGUGCACAUUAUUUUUAACAGCUUGUGAACGUGCAUUGUGUUCUGCGUCCUUGUGGUGUAUUAGAGCGCUCUGGUGUCUGUUAGUGUACUUACUACUGCUACCAGUAGAGGGUGUUAUAUACUCACGUGAGAGUUGAAGACUUGCAGCCUCACCUAGUCUCAGUAUGUUGAGGAGCAUGUUAGGAACCCACAGUAGGCAAUAGCCGGCUAAAUAUAGCGCCACAACAGUCCUUAUUGGCUUAGGGAGAACUCACCCAUUGUGUUCUGCGUACUGAUUGGCUGUAGACCAUUGUCAAUCAAUCUCCUUGUGCCGUUUCCUGUUGUGGUCAGUAGCCACUAGCUAACUGUGUGAGCUGCUUGCUAACUGCCAAUAAACAAUAGAAGAAGAAGCAGCAGCAGCUAACCGGCUAAAUGAAUCCUCGGUUCGAGGAGGGGGACGACGGCCGGAGCAAUAUGUUUUAACAAGGAUACAAAACCCCUACGGACCAGCGCCAGGACGAGGCACAGCGAGAGGAGUUAAUACGCGUGAGUCACUUCAUAAUUUCUUGUGUCCGACCAAGUAGAUGGAUCAUUAAAAUUCAAACAAAAUUUGAACUUUAAGAGUGUUUAAACAAGAGAGAAACGUGACAAAAUGAUCAUGUCUGUCUGAGAAAAGUGUAUCAAGUGUAUCAGGAGUUUUACAGCCUUAAAACACAUAUAAUAAUUGUAAACAAAUAAGUUGGCUACUUCGCGGAUUGCACUUAUUACGGGCUACUUUGGGAACCUAUCCCUGGCGAUAAACAAGGGAACAAAGUAUUCCAUAAUGACUCCCACAAGUAAUUCCACUUCUCGUAUUUUUCCACCAGGAGGUGUCAAUUUCAUAAUAAUCAGCACAGUUGGGAAGCUUAAUGUGUCAUUCCAAGUACAGGUUUAUGGAAGUAACUAUUAUAAGCUAGUGCAACGUAACCACAAUUACCAUGUAAAGACAAACUGAAACUUGAUUUUCUCCUUGCAGUACAGCACACACACGCCCAAUACAUACUUACUAGGAUUCUAACACAGUAUUUACUGUCAGCCUGAACAUAUUAUCCCUAAAUUACUUUGUAGCUUUCAUCAACAGUAAAGAGGUGGUCCUCUAUUUACGGCAUUCCAUGUUACGACGUUUGGUGGUCACGAACUCACUCUUGGUCCGGAACCACGAGACUCACUCAUGAGCACAGUCGCACGAAUACGCGGCUCAAGCACAGCAGCAGAGCGCGGAAGGGGAACCAUAGACAUAGACAAUAGACAAACCCACAUGGAGUGGGUUUGUCCACUGCUGCUAUAUGUCAGCGCUGCCGCCAUAUUGGAUGGGUCAAGUCUGCUCUGUAAAUGAAUACAAGUCAAUGUACUUACCUUCAUAAAUUGUUUGUUUUUGUUUUUGUACAAAGUGAUGGUGGUUGUUUUUGGUGUCUAACUGUUUCCCAAGUAUAUUAGUACGUGUGUGAGUGUACAAACGAGAGGAAUGAACUGAAAUGUCUUUGUAGAAAGGCGCUUUAUGAAAGUAAGUGCAUUUACAGUGCAGCCUUGACACAUCCAUCUCUCCAUGUCUGUGGGAGAAGCGCCCACAAAUAUUGGUCUCAACACUGGACUGUCGCGGCCGUCAUUGAGGAUAAAGAUGGUAUUGUCAUGUCUAAUGUGUAAUGUUGUAAGAAAGUCGAGGAGAUAGUCAAUGUAUGUCUGGCAUCGUCAAUUAAAAGGAACUCUCAGCUAAGCUUGUGACUGGAUGGUACUAGAUUGUGCGGGUGUACCUAAUGAAGUGGCCUAUCUUACAUGCCGGUACAGGUGUCUCUGCAAAGACCACUUUAAGGCCUGUCAACAGCACCGUUCCCUUUUUUUAGUAAUUUUUUUUGGACAAUCACAUGUGCUUUUGCCUUUUAAAGUGAAACAAACAAGCAGGUGAGUGUGAACACGCACUUCCUGUUUGGCACGUUCUGCCAGGUGCGUCCCACCGUGAGCAGGAGGGGGAUUCACAACCAAUCCUGCUGCCUGGGUGGGGGAGGGACUCCGUAUCAAGUGUACCAGGAGGGGCAGGAAUGACACUUCACCUUCUUCCUUUGGCGGUGUGUGUGUGUGUGUGUGUGUGUGUGCGUGUGUGUGAAGGACAGUUAGUUCCAGCAGAGCCCUGAAUGCAUGUUUACUCAAUAACCUCUGGCUCAACCUGUCUGGUCGGUGUGUGCUGGCUGGCUGUGCACUGCGCAGGUAUGAGCACAUACUCAGCAAGCACCUGAGAGAGCGAGGCCGCCGCAAGGUAGACACACGUCUAAAAAGCGCACGAGAGGAGGUGGGAUCACCAUUUGGCACGGACCUGUCAGCAGAAUGUAAAGUGACCCGAAGGAGAUUCUUCUGUGCUCUUCAACCAAUGGACCUGAGAUGCUAACGUUGCACUUUAGGCUCUGGGAUGUCUACGAUGUCGCUGUGCUUCUCAGCUUCACACUCUGCAUGUGUCACAUAGCCGGGACCGUCUCCAUCCAGUCCGACCAGCACAGCCUCACCAGAUCCGUGCAGGAGGACGCGUUCUUCUCCGUGAACGUGACCUGCAGUGACAUUCCCACCUUCCGCUGGACCUUCAUGUCCAGCUCGGUGAGCCGCACCAUCGGCACCUGGCAGCCGGGGGUGUUCACCAACAUCACGGAGGAUUACAGCAGCAGGGUGCGGGCCCACCGCAACGGCUCCAUGAGCCUGUCAGACCUGCGGCUGCAGGACGCCGGGUAUUACGUGCUCACGGUGACGGAUGUGUCGGGCAACAGCAAGGAUGCAGGAUUUGUCCUCAAAGUCAACGAGGUGCUUUUCGAGGACAUACAGUAUCUGUCGGUGUCAGCCGCGGCGCUGGGCUGCUUGACGGGCCUCCUCAUGCUAAGCGUGUGGCUCAUGAACAAGGCCUAUAAGAAGAUAGCGGCAUGGAGACGCAGGAAGCAGAUGCCCGAAAAUGACGCAACAGAGCUGCAGCCUCUUUGACACAUUUUCCUUUUGUUUGGAAACCUGUCAGGACUAUUUUUAAUGUGGCCACAAGGAGCAGGAAGGACUGUUCAAAAUGGAUGUUUACAUACAAGACAACUCACACGAGGAGGACGUGAUGAUCACACUGCAAUUUUUGAUACUGUACUUGAUAUUUUUGUAUACUGAAUAUGAACUGUAUUUAUUGCCAAUGCAUUGUGAUGGUUUUGAAUAAUGGCCUGCUCAUGAGGUCAGCUUCUCAUUUGUUUUAUAUAUUCCCAACACACAUAUACAUUAGUCAUGUGAUCAACAUGCAUGCUGUCCAACAGGAGGAGGGGUUACAGUAAAACAGUAGCACAAGCAAACUAUGCUCUUUAUUUUCUAUCAAAGUGUAAAAACACGAGCGAGUGAGCAUGAACCUGUAGAACUCUUGUAAAAGUCCUCAAGAAUAAAAAGGGGCAUGGAUUUUUGUAACAUGA